CUUAUCUUUCCAUAGUUUUCUGAACUAAUAUAGCUUGGGGAAAAUACUACAUAUUUUCUUAUAUGAUAAGAUGUUACGGUUUAUUCGAUCACCGCUUUUGCUACGCUUUCGGAGCGACGUGUCCUCGAAGGGAAAAUCCAAGAAAAGCUCAAAAUUAAGCAACAAGCCCUCAAAUACGCCGCGUCCGCCCAAGGACCCGCCCGAUGAGGGCUAUGCGCCGGAUAGUGUGAAUCAUGAAGACAUUGAAGUGUCCGAUUUUGUACACCCAGAAGCCUAUCGGCAGUUCCGCAGUCCGGAAGAACGCCUUGGUCCUGGAGCUGGCAAAAACAAGGAAUACAAGAAUGCCCAUUACUUUGGCUAUCAUCGCUUCAGCUUUGUGGUGCUGCAGAGUCAGUCGCUGGAUGUGCGAGAUGAGCGUCGCGUCGGUGGCGGCGUUCAGGUAAUAACGGAGCCCGAUGAUGAAGAAGACAGCUCUGACGACAGCUUAGAAUCAAUCAAAAGCCAGGAGGCUGAGUGCGAAGAACAGCUCGCUGCUCAGGCAAAGGAUAUUGAGAAUGUCAAGCUAAAAGCCUGGUGUGAUUCCAUAGAGAAGAAGCAGAAGGAGUUGGCCGAGUUACAGAUGGCCAACAAGUUGUGCGAGGAAAAGGAUCUUAACCUAACAAAACUAAAUCAAGAUAAGACAUCGAAUGAAAAACAGAAAGUAGAAGAUAAAAUUAAAACUACAAUUGACAAGAAAAUAUCCGAAAUCUUAACCGAUUGUGAAGAUAAACUAGGGAUAGAUAAAGGUGAUCCAACUGUCGACUGUAAGGAAAUGAUCAAAGCAGCAGCGGAUAGAGCUGUGCUGCCAACGAAUGGGCAAUCUGAGGCGGCAGAGCAAGAGUCCGGCGAGGAGACAAACAAAACGGAAGAUGCCGAAUCGGCAGAAAAGUUGGACAAACACAAAGAAAAUUUGAGGAAAUGUGAGCUGUUUAACAAAAAGGAAAAUGUGACGGAAAAAAGUGAAAACCCAGAGGAAAAGCCAACUGACAACAAUUCAGCGAAGUGUGAGACGGAUAAAGAUGAGACAAAGUAAAAACAACGAAAACCUUAGCCAAAUACCUAGCGAAGACAUAAACAGACAGCACUUACACACCGCAGAGUUCCAGCGACUGAGUGUGAGUCUCUGAUGUGCAUUCUUAGCGGCGCCAAAAACCGACCCAACAGUAACUCUCAAACUGUCGCUCAAAUAAAUAUCGUAUUUCUGUAUGGCCUCUGGUUUUUUUGUUCUGCUUUUAAGUUUCCUGCAAAUCGAAAUUUGAAUUGUUAAUAAAUUCAUAGUAGAGUUUCGCAUUCAA